AACAGAUCCUGGGCUGUGGGGCGCCGUCGUUCCCGCGUGCCGUAAAGCGCGAGCCUCUGUCGUUGCUAUGGGAAACCUGGCGAAAAGCAGGAAGUGCUGGAGCUAAAUUGACAGCAGUGCAGAUUUGUGUUUAUCUCUAUGUUUAUGACAUUCUGGUGCAAAAACUUCAUGACAGGCAGCUUGUUCUUCUCAGCGGAACAGAUAUUUACCACGUAACCCGCCCUCGGAGGAACAUAUGAUCAAGGUUUGAAGGACCUGCGGAGAAAAUGAGUCGAAGCCGGAACCCUCCGCAGAAGGGCCAGGGGGCUGCCAGGGCCAAACAGAUGGGACUGCUGCUGGAUUUGGCUCCUGACGGCGGGCUGGAUGACUCUGGAGGAAAUGAUGAGGAGCUGGAGGCGGAGCUUCUGGCAUUGAUGGGAGGAGGAGGGAGGAGCGGACCAGCGGGCAAGAAACCUGGAGGAAAAGCUCCGGUGCCCAUGGUGGACAUUGAGCGGAUGGCAGCGCUUUGUAUGAAAGACCUGGACGAGGACGGAGACGAUGAUGGUGAUUUGGAGAACGACGCUGAUCUCUUGGCCGAGUUGAGUGAGGUGCUGGAAGACGAUGAGGAGCAAGUGGUCAGGAAACCUCCUCCGUCACCAGUGCCUCCUCAACGCUCCAAUGCAGCGCUCGCGUCCCAGAAUGCACCUGCCAGCCUGGAGGCUUGCCUGCAAGAGCGCUUGGACAUGUACCAAACAGCCAUUACCAAUGCCAAGGCCGCGGGCGAGACCAGCAAAGCACGGCGAUACGACCGCGGACUGAAGACUCUACAGUCUAUGCUGAUGUCAGUUAAAAAGGGGAAGCCCAUCAAUGAAGAUGAGAUUCCUCCUCCUGUGGCCACCGGUGGAAAACCCUCCGCUGCUCCGCAGGCCAAGCCAAUCACAGAGCAAGAAAAACCUGCUCCAGCAAACACGCCACCACAGACGGCCAAUGUCAAGCCAGUCGCUCCAUCCAAGCCUCAGCUGCUACAGCCUGAUCGCCGGCCACGGCUUCACGAGUCCAGAGCGCACACCGGGUCUGUUCGUGCUAUUCGAUGAUGACCACUUUGGCUUUAUUUGGCUGGAGCUCAAGUCCUUCAGUCUGUACAGUCGGCUGACCGACCAGCUGUCCCACGCUCAGGCCCCCAGCAUGGAGCGCUUCGAGGCCAUGCUCCGCAACAUGCAGUCAUGGACAUCCUGAUAGCAAACCUCACACUAGCGUUCUCAUCAGGCACAUACUCUAGUAUUACGCUCUGCACC